GGGAGCUAUAAUUAAAGGAAACCUCAAUUAUUAAUCCAUUUUUAUUAGAAUUAGGAAAACCCAUAAAUCUUGUGGUAAGCUGACAAAGUAUACGAAUUCCUUAUACACAAAACCCUGGAACUACUAAAAACUCAAGAAAAUAUCAGUCUUGUUAUAAUUUUCUAUUUCAUAUAUAUCAUAUUUAAAAUAUUUAUUCUGCUUUUGACCAAUGCCAAGAAAUACAUAUGUAGGUGUAAACUGGUAAAAAAAAUAGGUAUAAUUAAAAGUAGAAAAUAUAUUUUUUUUAAUACCCCUCUACUACAUUUUCCUAGCGCCCAGAACUUGUUAUGGGGGUGCCACCUGUUCACGCCUGGCGUUGCCACUGGUUAGAAAUGACGAACAGCUGUUGUACCCAACAUGGGCGUCAGCUAUUUUAUGUCUCAAAGAGGGUUAAGCCACCAAUAACAAUUAUUUUAUGAGAAAAAAGAAAAAUUGUAAAACAGACAAUCAACUAGAUCUUUUGUUGCCCAUUUUUAUUUUUGAAUUUAUUUAUGAACCCCCAAUUGAAAAACAUGAGUACGCCCAUGCUUUGUUGUUGUGUGCCUCCCAAGUUGGCCCCAAGAAUUGGCCAAUAUGAUAAAUCACUAAGCACACGAGAGACCUCAAGCUUGUGCCGCAGACGGCCACAAAAUCGUGCGGCAGACGCACGUCCUUGGAACUCCUCGCACACCUGCCGCUAUUGAUUGGAACCACCUGUUGGGGCCGAACACCCCCAUUCGCCACACCAAAACACUCGGCCACGUAUUCUUAAGUCAGUCGGUGAAAUAUGCUCCAACGUACUGCUAGAAUGUGGACGCUGUGCGUGCAGACGGCUUUGGUGGCCACCUUUGUCCAGGCAUCCGCCUCCCAGCAGGAUAAUCUCGUGGGGAGAGCACAGAAAUCCCACAAUCCCAGCGAGCUGUCCGAAUCCCGAUUCCUGGAGUACAGCAAUCUAUCCGAUAAACUGCACUUGAGGGAGGCCAUCAACAACAUAUUGAUACCCCGAGUUGUGGGCACGGGGAAUCACACCAUCGUGCGACAAUAUAUAGUCCAGAGCUUGAGAGAUCUGGGUUGGGAUGUGGAGGUGGAUAGCUUCCACGAUGUGGCUCCCAUCAAGGGCAAAUUGCAUUUUCACAACAUCAUUGCCACCCUGAAUCCAAAAGCUGAACGGUAUUUGGUGCUCGCCUGCCAUUACGACAGCAAGUACAUGCCGGGCGUGGAGUUCCUGGGGGCCACCGACUCGGCUGUGCCCUGUGCCAUGCUCCUUAACCUCGCCCAGGUCCUGCAGGAACAACUGGAGCCCCUAAAGCGGAGCAAACUGAGCCUAAUGCUCUUAUUCUUCGACGGCGAGGAGGCCUUCGAGGAAUGGGGACCCGAUGAUUCUAUCUACGGAGCACGGCAUCUGGCCAGGAGGUGGCAGCGUGAAGGAAAACUGGACAGAAUAGAUUUGCUGGUGUUGCUGGAUCUUCUGGGAGCACCCGACCCGUCUUUCUACAGCUUCUUCCAGAACACCGAGUCCUGGUACAUGCGACUCCUGUCCGUGGAAACACGACUGGCCAAGAUGGAGCUGCUGGAGCGCUAUGCCAGCAGUGGAGUUGCCCAGUACGACCCCAACCGUUACUUCCAGUCGCAGGCCAUGCGCUCCUCCAUGAUCGAGGACGAUCACAUACCCUUCCUGCAGCGAAAUGUGCCCAUCCUGCACAUUAUUCCGGUGCCCUUUCCCAGUGUAUGGCACAAACCCGACGAUAACGCCAGCGUGAUCGAUUAUGCGACGACGGACAACCUGGCGCUGAUUAUACGGCUCUUCGCUUUGGAGUACCUGCUGGGCGGAGGCGAAGACAAGUAGUUGAGUGGUCUGUUGCCCUGUGUGAUUCACAAAUGUUGUAUCUACUCACAGCCUUAUCUAAUUGACCUGUUCCGAUAUCGAUAUUGUUAAUUAUGUACUCUAAACCCGCCGUGGAAUCUUUGAGAGGACCUUAAUUGUUAACUGAGUGUGCGCUUUAAAGUUACUUAAGCAGAUCUGACAAACGCAUAAUCCAAAUAUUUUUAUACACAUGUAUUUAUAGAAAAUGCUUAGCUAAUGACACGUCAAAUUAAUAUAUAUUUUGUAAUCUUUCGGUUGUAAUUUUUUUGACUUACAAGUGUAGUCCAACAUAUACAUAGUAAAUGUACUUAAAACAUAUAA